AUGGUGUGGAAUUGUCAAGGUGCAGAGAGCCCCGUGACAAUUCCCCACCUAAAGGAGGUUAACAACCUCCUCUCCCUGAACAUGAUUUUCCUGAGUGAGACUAAGAACAAGGCUAAGUACAUAGAAAAGGUGAAAAGGAUUCUGAACUUUGAUAAUUGCUAUGUGAUAGAGGCUAUGAAUAAGUCUGGAGGUAUGAGUUUGAUGUGGAAUGAGGAAACAAAAGUUAAAGAUAUUAAACAUUCAGCCUUUACCAUUGAAGUGUUGAUAGAGGAUGAAGAAGUGAAACAGGAUUGGUGGUUGAUUGGUUUUUAUGCCAGUUGUGAUAAACAGAUGAGAAAAGGGCAAUGGGAGGAGAACCAACUAGUUGAUAUUGGGUUCAAAGGAAACCCCUGGACCUGGUGUAAUCAGUGGCAAGAUGGUGAAAUAAGACAAAGACUAGAUAGCGAGCUUAGCAGUGGAGGAUGGAGUAACAUUUUUGAGCAUCCUAAGUGCACUCAUUUAGAAAGCUUAGCCUCUGACCAUAGCAUGCUGAUACUGGACACAAUUUCAGGGAAAAGAAAAAAAAGAAAGAAAUUCUUCUUUGACAAAAGAUGGAUUCAGAGAGAAGGAAUUGGAGAAGUGAUAAAAAAGGCAUGGGAGGAGGAUAUCAGGGGUUCUAGAAUGUUUAGGGUAGUACAUAAGAUUAAGAGAUGUAGAGUUACUUUGUUGAAGUGGAGAAAUGGAUUUAUUGAAAACUCUAGGAAGAGGAUCUCGAACUUGAAACAGCAGCUGAUGGAGGAGAAAAGUUCAGAUAUUGAAGGAAGGAAAGGAAGAGUUGCAGCUCUGAAAAAUCAGUUGGUGGGAGCUUACAGAGAGGAGGAACAAUAUUGGAGUCAGAAAGCUAGGAUAAACUGGCCUGUGGAGGAAAAUGAGAUAAAGGUAGCAGUCUUUGCCAUGAAUCCUAAUAAGGCACCAGGACUUGAUGGGAUGACACCCUUCUUCUUUCAAAAAUUCUGGCCUACCAUUAAGGAAGAGGUGGUGAAAGCAGUCAAAGCUUUCUUUCAGUCUGGACAUUUGCUCAAAUCUCUGAACCAUACCAUUAUCUCUCUCAUUCCUAAGGUGGAAAUACCCACUAAUUUGAAACAAUAUAGGCCAAUCAGCCUCUGCAAUGUACUCUAUAAAGUAUGGGUAGAUUGGAUAAUGGAGCGCAUUAGUUCUGUCUCCUACUCCUUCAAUAUAAAUGGAGAGACCAAGGAAUAUGUGAUUCCUUCUAGAGGCAUCAGGCAAGGGGUAGAAGCAAGGGAAUUAAAAGAAAUUCUGAAUCACUAUGAAAGAGGGUCUAGCCAGGUGAUUAAUUUGGACAAAUCCUCUAUCUGCUUUAGUAAGAACACCAAGGAAAGGGACACGGAGGAAACUUGGGAGCCACUACCAGGUGUAAGGACAGUGAACCAAGGCAAAUAUCUGGGCCUUCCAAUGGAAAUCUCAGGGACAAUGGUCAAAUACUGGUGGGGUGAAUCAGAAGGGAGGAGCAAAAUACGUUGGUGUUCAUGGGACAAAAUGAUAAAGGCAAAACUGGAGAGAGGAUUGGAAUUCAGGAACUUAGUAUAUUUCAACAAGGCAUUGUUGGGAAAGCAGAUUUGGAGGAUGAUCAGAUACCCAAACCUUUUGGUUAGCAGAAUACUAAAGGCUAAUUACUAUCCCGAUUCCAUUUUGAAUUGUGAGAUCUCCAAAAACUCAUCCUGGUUCUAG